AUGAAAAUAGCUUAAGGGUCAUAUCUUGGCUUAACUUUGUCAACUCUUUUGUUGCUCAAUAUUCACAAUCUCAGUGCCAAAAGUAAGGAUUAAUGCUACGCUCUUGCACUCUCUGGAGGUGCAAACAAAGGAGCUUACUAAGCUGGAGUUAUUCAUGGACUAGCUCAUCUUCUUCCUAGUGAAGAGGUAGAAUGGGAUGUUAUUACAGGAGUGUCAGCUGGGGCUCUUAACGCAGGAGGUAUCUCAGUAUGGCCUGUCGAUAAGCCUGUUGAGAUGUCUGAAUGGUUAGUUGGUAUGUGGAUGAACAUGACUAAUGAGAAGGUUUAUGUACCUUGGCCAGGUGGUUUUGAAGAAGGAAUCUUCAAUCGAAGUGGAGUUUUUGACGAUACACCAUUGUUGAAUUUUGUCAAUGAUGUUUUACACAGCUCUGGAAAAAUUUACAGAAAAAUUACAGUUUCUUCAGUUGAUUCCAAUACAGGAUAGUAUAUCACUUCUGACGAAGAUAAUGUGCCUUUUGAAGAAUUAGCUGAAAGAUUAGUAGCAUCAGCCUCAAUUCCUUUUGUAUUCCCACACAGACAUAUUAAGAAUUGGACUUUAAUGGAUGGUGGUACAGUUUGGAACUCAAAUCUAGUGUCAGCAAUGAAUAGAUGCCAAGAAAUUGUUGGAGAUGAUCUCUCCAAAAUAGUCAUGGAUGUCAUAAUCCUCGGCUAAGCUACCUUAAAUGAAUCACUUACCACAACCGGAGAAUCACUGGGAAACUAUUUGAGAUAUUGGAGUAUCUCAAGCUACUAUAAUGCAAUGAAUGAUGUAUUAGAGUUCUAAGAUUAGUACCCUAAUAUCACAUACAGAUACUUUUUCAAGUCUUCAAAACCAUUAACUUCAGGAUUAGAAGAAAUGGAAUUCACCCCUGAAGUUUUGGGACCUAUGAUUUAAAUUGGAAAAGAUGAUGCUAAGGCUGUUAUUGGAGCAGGAGAGGGAGUUGGCUUCUAAAGAUUCAAAGAGUGGCACAAAAAUAAGGAGGUCAGAGAAUAGCAUCCUGAUAUUAAUACUUAUUUACACAUGAAAUUAUGA